ACAGCUUUCCAGCAGCUCACAUUGCCAGUGCAGCAGCUGUGCAUUAUACAUCAGUCCUCCUGACCCCAGACUGAAAAACAGGCGGGAUGGAGAUGGAGAAAAAUGAACCACAAUUGUCCCCUCAGGAUGAGCCUGGUGUGCUGAAUGAGGCUGAAUUAGAGAAGCUUGGCCUGAGAAACUUGGCCCCAUCGCCCUCCCUCUGUACCAAGAUUCAGAAGAUAAGGUGCUCAACUUCAGCUGCAAAAUCCUUCCUGUUUCAACUGCUCCCCAUCCUGAUCUGGUUACCAAGAUACCCAGUCAAGGAAUGGCUACUGAGGGACAUAAUCUCAGGAUUCAGUGUGGGAAUCAUGCAUCUUCCCCAAGGUUUGGCCUAUGCGCUUCUAGCAGGACUGCCUCCUGUCACUGGCUUGUAUUCAGCCUUCUAUCCUGUCCUGCUGUAUUUCUUCUUUGGGACGUCUAGACACAUCUCUGUGGGCCCAUUUGCAGUCAUUUCUGUGAUGAUUGGGAGUGUGACAGAUUCACUGGAACCCAGCAGCAAGUAUUUGGAACUGGAAAUGACCAAUGGUACAAAUAAAACAAUCAUCAAUGUUGCCCAAAGGGAUGCUGCCAGGGUGGAGCUGGUGGCUGCACUCACCUUGUUGGUGGGCAUAUUUCAGGUUGCCCUUGGCCUGCUGCAGUUUGGCUUUGUGGCCAUCUAUCUUUCUGAACCCUUGGUGCGAGGCUACACCACUGCAGCUUCUAUCCAGGUGCUGAUCUCCCAAUUGAAGUAUAUCUUUGGGGUUGAAGUGGACGAGUAUGCAGGCCCAUUGUCACUGAUCUAUACCUUUAUGGAACUCUGCAAACGAUUGCCAGAGACCAACACGGGCACCUUGGUCACUUCAUUAAUUGCCAUGGUUUGCAUUCUGCUGGUCAAGAUCCUCAAUGACAAACUUGCCAAGAAACUUCCAUUGCCUAUCCCUGUUGAGCUUCUCACGAUUAUCAUCUCCACAGGGAUCUCCUAUGGUGCCAAACUGUAUGCAAAUUAUGGGAUUAGCGUUGUGGGUGAUAUCCCCAGUGGGAUGAGACCCCCUGAAGCGCCCAAUGUAAAUUAUUUUGGGAAGGUUGUGGGCAAUGCUUUUGCCAUUGCUAUGGUUAGUUACGUCAUUUGUAUCUCACUCGGCAAGAUCUUUGCCCUCAAGCAUGGCUAUACUGUGGACAGCAACCAGGAACUGAUAGCCUUGGGGCUCAGUAACUUUGUGGGUGGCUUCUUCCAAUGCUAUGCUAUCAGCUGCUCUAUGUCUCGCUCCCUAGUGCAGGAGAGCACAGGAGGCAACAGCCAGGUGGCUGCGGUGGUCUCUUGCCUCAUCAUCCUAGUGACCAUCUUGAAGAUUGGGGAGCUUUUCUAUGAACUUCCCAAAGCUAUUCUAGCUUCCAUCAUUCUUGUUAACUUGAAGGGCAUGUUCAAACAGUUCAAAGAUAUUCCUGCACUUUGGAGAUCCAACUUUACAGACUUGCUGAUCUGGCUUGUAACCUUUGUAGCCACCCUUUUGCUAAACCUUGACAUGGGGCUGGGGGUCGCUGUGGCCUUUUCACUUCUCACUGUCAUCUUCCGGACCCAGAUGGCCCACUAUUCCAUCCUGGGGCAAGUGUCAAAGACAGGCAUUUACAAAGACCUGGCUGAGUAUGACAAGGCUGAGGAAAUCCCAGGUGUGACAAUUUUUCGCUCCUCUGCCACAGUUUAUUUUGCUAACGCUGAACUGUAUAUAGGAGCACUAAAGAAGAAGUGUGGUAUUGAUGUGGAUAACCUCAUUAAAAGGAAGAAGAAAGCCCUGAAGAAAGAGAAAAAGAAAGCCAAGAAAGAAGCCAAGAAGAAUAAGAAAAUAGCUCCUGAGGCCAAAAAUGGAUGUGACUCUGGGAACAACAAUCUUGGCUUUGAUGGUAUGGACAUGGAGGCAAAGUCACAGGAGCCCAGUGACGACUGGAAAGGCAGUGACAUAACACUGCCUGAGCCUAAUGGAAGUGUGAAGGAUUUGGAGUCCCAAGUCAACAUCCAGCCACAACCCUGUUACAAGCCCACCUUGGAAUCCCUGGGGCUGGAAAAGCCUCCUCUUCACACACUCAUCCUUGAUUUCACUCCUGUCAACUUUGUAGACACUGUCUGUAUAAAGACCUUAAAAAAUAUAUUUAGAGAUUUCCGGGAGAUUGAAGUGGACGUGUUUCUUGUGGGUUGCCAUGCUCCAGUCAUGACACAGCUGGAAAGAGGCAACUUCUUCAAUGAAAUCAUCACUAAGCAUCACCUUUUUGCAUCAGUGCAUGAUGCUGUUACCUAUGUCACUAGGAACCGGGGAGAAAACUGCCACAGACUUGUUCAACACUAAAAUGUAACCAGUGAAUCAACCUCUCUGUGUCUCUCACAGAAGAGCAGGAGCCUGGCAUGUUUUUAGGUGACUGACUGAAUGGCUGUUUUUGCUGGUAAAAGUGAAUAACAUGGGAUUCUUUAUCACUGUGAAUCUGCUGAAGAAAGAAGCCAUCUAAUCAAGUGCCUGAGAAACUGGGGAGGUUGGAGGUUUGGCCUGUAGAAGCUUGAUCAAACUUUGGAAGAAUUGUGAAUCUGGACUUUUGAGUGAUAACUUCUAGUCCUCUGAACCAACUACAGGCACCACAAUUCCUGCCAAGGGGGGAAAAAAACCCUUUCAGAUACUGGAUAUGUUUCACUUGUUGCUGGGGAUGUGUUUUUGCAGUCAAUAAAAAAACUUUACUAUACAAAAAUUGCUGUACAUGGCAGAAAUGGAUAAAAUGAUGAGAAAGUUGAGAGAACAGAAUCCAGAAGAAUUUCUUAAUGACUGGGGUAAACUAAAACAGUAUUUGGAAAAGAAGUGGGACGUAAAGGGACAAUUAUGGUUGUUAGAUAACUAUUAAUUUUGCAGAAAGGAGGAGAUACUGAUCUUUACAAGAGAAGAGAGGAGAUAAGUUAGAAACAUAAUGUAACUGAUAGUUUGAUGUUAAGUUUUGUUUAAUCUAAUAUAUAUUAUCUAUUUUACUAGUGUGUUAAGAUAGUUAAGAAUAGAAAAGGGGAUAUAAGUAGUAGAUUUAGAUAGCGGGUUGGAAAACUGUUGGAAGUCUUAGAUUAAGGGGGGAGGGGAAAGGGUGGGAGAAUAUGGAAGUGAGGGUCUUAAUUGAAAAUCUGUAAUAUUAAUUUUUACUCACCCAAUAAAAUUGUUUUAUAAAAUAAAAAGACUUUACUGGGGCAACUUGCCUACGUGCAUGAAAAUCUCUGUUGCACAGUAAAGGCAGAAAAUCAACUUGGAUUUCUCUGCGAACAUCUAUUCAUAUUUUUUCCUUCUCUCUUGGAUUGGUAUUUAAAAUCAUAUCCUAGAAUGUAAGGUGUUGACUUGAGUUGUAUUUUCAUGCCUGUUUUCAUUGACAGAAAUGUUUUUGUUUCAUGCUGCAAUGAAUGGGAAGUUGUUUGCCUGAGGAAAAUACACACAUACCUGGGAACUCUUUCAUUAAAGGCUUGAGUUGUAUUCAGGGAGGAAGGCAGUCACGUAUAUGGUAAUAGACGGGGGGUGGGGGGUUUGUUUCCUACAUUUGGAGUUUCCCAAAAGUUGUUGGGUCACCUCACAUCCAAGUAGUUAGGGAACUAAGCCCCCUUGGUCACUUCUCAGCUCAGAGAAAGAGGCAAGGGUGAUCCCGAGGGUGAAGCCAAUGUUAUAUGACAAAUGCCACUUACUGAAGCACUGUAUAGGAAGUGAGAAUAGGAGCUGUUAUCUAGCUGUUGUGAAAACCAAAAUGCUUAUAGUAUGUACUGAAGUAAUUAAUGUUUGGAAUUUUGAUCCUCAAAAGGUUUCUUGAGCAAGCACCUGACAAAAUGAAUUGUAUGUGUACUUAGAAUGCUUGAAUUAUUGAAAUCAUACAUCUGAAUUCCUUGCUGUGGCAGGGCUGAGCAGCUCCUGUGUGGCCUGGAGCACCGAAGCCUGUAACAUGCUAGGCAAAGGUCUAGGUUCCAUACAUCCUAUUCCACUAAGAAUGCACUGGACUCAAAAAUCAGUUCAGUGACCAGCAUUAAUCAAAGCUUUAUGCUGUUGAGGCAUGGAAGUGGUUGACAGCGCCCUUCCUACCACAUGUCCCACAAAUUCCUCUCGCUACUCUAUCAGCCACUCCUAAGAGCAUCUUGCCAUUGCUUUUAAAGUUUGUCUCAACAGCAGCCUGGCCCAGUUGCCUUGCAGCCCCAUCCUCUCUCAGUUGCUGCUGAUCUCUGCCAGCGCUGCUCGUGCCUGGGAUCAUCAGCUAAAAGCUCCUCCAACUGAUGUGUGCUCUGCCCUCCUACAGCCAGCUUCUCAAUGCUUUAUGCUGUUGACACCCUUUCCUUUCCACCAACAUUUCUAGGCUCCCUGAAGGCUGCAGGCCUCCUGACCUUAAGUGGGUAUAAGUCCCCAUCACACUAGUUACUGCGCACAAAGUAUUAAUUUAGCAAGAUGAUUAACAACUGAAAUAAGAACACACAAAACGUCCGAUGAAUUUUUGAUUCAUCUGAGUGCAGUUCUACUUUUUCUAAACACUGUCAUAUUCCACUAUUUUUCCGAGUGGAUGAGGAAAAAUUAGGCAAGCUGCAAAUAAGAAGAGAUUUUAUACAGGCAGAAAAAACCAAGACAUGAGAUAGCACUUCAUAUUAUUUAUUGUCAAUACAAUUCAUGUUUCGGUCAUGUAAAGAAAUGCCAUAAACCCCAGAAUUUCCAGUCAAAGCUCACUGUAAUUGCAUUUAUACUACAGGGUUGUGGUAAGGAAGCAUCUUUCAGGGAAAAGACUAGUAGAGUGAGUCAUUCCCCAGCCUCAGAGCAAUCAACCCAAGGACAUGUGAAUGGCUCUGGCCUAGGGAUAGCAGAGAUAACAGCUCACACCUCACCUUGAGAGUAACCCGAGAAUACAGAAUCUAAAUGAUCAAAGUGUAGAGCGUAUCUUCUCUCUUUGAAGAUGAAGAGAAGGAUCAUCUACAAGGGGGUGAGCAAGGAGAGGUUAUAUAUUUCCUGACUACAUGGAAGAAGCAGUUACUUGCUCUUAUUUUGUCUCAAGGUAUGAAGGACUAAGUUUUUACCUUGGGAACUCAAUCUUGAGUACAUGAGGAACAAUGGGAGAAGUCCUAACUCUGACAACGAAGGUAAUGGAACUUUUCCAAGGCCUUGUACAUCCAAGGAGAAGUAUCUGUUCUUAUUUAAAAAUGUAUUUGGAACAAGUCUAAAACAGGAUUAGAAGGAUUGAAUUUAUUCAUUUUUCUUUUCAUCGUUGCUUGGUUCUGCUGCAUACAGAAGUUUUGUUUGUGCCUUGUUCUUUUAUUAAACUUUUAUAAUUUGAA